AUGAUUUUUGAUUUAGAUUUAGAUUUUAUUGUCACGUGUGGUGAAGUGCAGAAGUACAGAAAGCUGAGAAAUCCCACGUUGGUGGGGCCGCAUGCACCAUGUGGUGGAGUAUUGAAGGUUUAUGACCGAGGUCAGUGGAAAUAUGUUUGUAGUAGUCGGUGGGAUUCAGCUGCUGGAAGGGUUGUCUGCAAGCAAAUUGGCUGCGAGUUUUAUCUCACAGAACAACCGCAUCCCAUCCCAUCAGGACCUGUGUUACUGGAUAAGAUUCAGUGCAAAGGAACAGAAUCUUCAUUGUCGGAAUGUGCAUUCAUUCCUUCCGGCCAGCAGAAGUGUGAAACUGGGAUGAGUGUAAUCAUCAUCUGUAACGGGGCAGUGAAGCAAAACGUGAUUCUUGGAGAUGGAGGUAGCCCGUGUGCUGGGAGGCUUCAAGCUAACCUGUUCGGUGCGUGGCGUCACAUCUGUGGUCAAACGUGGGACAUGAAUGACGCUCGUGUUUUGUGUAAAUACCUCAGAUGUGGUGAAGCUGUAUCAGUAUCAGCAUCUCAGUUUGGAGGUCGCAAUUUGCCUGUGCUAAACGUUGAAAUUGGCUGCAAAGGCAGUGAGACGAAUCCCUGGGACUGUAAAAUCACUCCUGUGAUUUUCAGAGCCUGUUCGACAGAAGUGGAAGCAGCUGGUGUCAUAUGUUCAGAUCACAAACAGCCGAGACUUGUUGGUGGAGCAGAUAGAUGCUCUGGAAGGUUGGAGAUCCAGAAAGGAGACACUUGGGGGACCGUUUGUGAUUUACACUGGAAUUCACUGGAUGCCAGUGUUGUGUGUGCAUCACUGGAAUGUGGAGAAGUUGUAUCAGUCCUCGGAGGAGCUCAAUUUGGUGAGGGCAGUGGUCCCAUAUGGCAAGACGUCUAUGAAUGCCAGGGAACUGAGGCCAUUCUCUGGUCCUGCUCUACUAUGCAAAUAAAUCAAAAGAAUUGCAUGCACAGACAUGAUGUCAGUAUUAUUUGCUCAGGGAAAAGGAGACCACGGUUAGUUGGUGGUAGUGAUACCUGCUCAGGAAGAGUGGAGAUAAUGGUUGAUGGCACCUGGAAUACUGUAUGUGAUACCUAUUGGGAUUUACAAGAUGCAGCUGUGGUCUGCAAUCAACUCGGUUGUGGGACUGCGAUUUCAACUCCAGGAGGUGCAUACUUUGGAGAGGGAAAUGGGCCAAUAUGGAAUUAUAUCUACACUUGCAUUGGCAAUGAACUCCGUUUGACUGACUGCCCAAUUGAAUCCUCAGGACACCAUGAGUGCACGCACAGAAAUGAUGCUAAUGUCAUCUGUUCAGGUGAAGAUUGGCAGUUACGACUGGCUAACGGAAACAGUAUUUGCGAAGGCCGUGUGGAAGUUUAUUAUGACGGUGUUUGGGGGAGAGUGAUUGACACUGAGUGGAAUUUGAAUGAAGCAGAAGUGGUGUGCAGACAGCUGAAAUGUGGCUCUGCAAUAAACAUUUACGACCACUUGAAGUUUGGAAAAGGCACCGGACCUACGUGGAUUAAUGAUGUCAGGUGCAAUGGAACUGAACCCUUCCUACGGAAUUGCAGUUUUACAAAAAACGAGCAGUCGUCUCUUGCAGUUGACGUAGGAGUGGUUUGCUCUGAUCAUAUUCAGAUAAGAUUGGUGGAUGGUGGAAGUCGCUGUGCUGGAAGGGUGGAGCUUUACUACAAUGGAAGCUGGGGAACUGCGUGCGAUGAUUUCUGGGAUUUAGCAGAUGCCCAAGUUGUCUGUAACCAGCUGAAGUGUGGACAGGCUUUAAGUGCACCAGUUUCUGGUUUAUUUAGUCCAGGAGUGGGACCUAUUUGGUUGGACUGCGGAGUGAAUGAUUCUGUCUUGUGGGAAUGUUUGUUGGGACCGUUGAGCAAGAGCGACUGCAAUCAUAAAGAAGAUGCUGGAGUUAUCUGCUCAGACCACAGAGCUGUGAGGCUGCAGGAUGGUGCGAACCCCUGUCAGGGCAGAGUUGAAGUUUUCUACAAUAUGACCUGGGGGACUGUUUGUUCUGAUUCUUUUGAUAUGGAGGAUGCAGAAGUUGUUUGUAAACAGCUCAGCUGUGGAUCUGCCCAAUCUGUGGAAAGUGCUAUUACAUUUGGAAGCGGUUCUGGACAGAUCUGGCUCGAUGAUGUGAACUGUCGUUUGCAUGAUACAUUCUUGUGGCAAUGUCCAUCUUCACCAUGGGGCCAACAUAACUGUGACCACAAGGAGGAUGUUGGAGUCAUCUGUUCAGAACUAAAUCCAAGGAAAAUACACAAUGAGGGAGAUACAAAGAACAGCAAAACUGAACCAGUUUCAGAAAAAUUCGAAUUGCAGCUGGCUGCAGGAUUUAAUACUUGUUCUGGAAGAGUUGAAAUAUUCUUCAAUAAUACAUGGGGAACAAUUUGUGAUGAUUCCUGGGAUAGGCAUGAUGCUGCUGUCGUCUGUAGACAGUUAAACUGUGGCCAUCCAGUGUCAGCUCUGGAAGAGGUGCUAUUUGAAAGAGAAAAUACCACAAUUUGGAUUAAUGAAGUUAAAUGCAAGGGGAGUGAAUUAUUCCUGUGGGACUGCCAAUUGUCAGUGAUGGGCAAUCACUACUGUGAACAUAAAGAAGAUGUCAAUUUGAUAUGUUCUGGCCAUCAACAAGUCACAGCUCCCUUCAACCAGCAGAGAAUCCCUCUAUUCAUCAUCCCUUGUAUUUUUGUUACCCUUUUGAUUGCUGUGUCACUUGCUUUGGCUGCAGAAUUACAAAGAUGCUUCCAGAAAGACAACAGAAAGACGCAAUAUUCUACCAGUAGAUUUCCUGAACCUGAUUAUGAAGAGAUAGAGAUUCACAACUUUGGUACAGACCCAGAUUUCCACUCUAACAGUUCCCUGAAUAAACUGGAAUAUUAUACAGGAAGUGAGUUACAUGAAGGUGAUGAUAUACAUAUGCAAGAUGCACACACUUCAAUCAGUGCUGAACUUGGAAGAGAAUAUGACGACAUUCAAUAAUUUGAGAAGGAGUUGUGGUGACUUUCACCACUUGUGUUAAUGGGAGAAAAAUCACAUUUGUUAAUUAUGUUUCAUGAUUGAACCAAAUGUGUAAUGUUAUUGUAGUGAUACAUGCAGCCUGUUCUAAAAUAGCUGAAUGAAUGAAAUAGUGAACAAAAUGUGAUUUUUGAUACUGAGUAUACUAAGUCUAAUUCAAUUCUAUGCUGUAGAGUAGUCUAUUGAUCUAUGUGAAUUGUUGACUUUUAAAACUGUAAACAAACUUGAAUUCUAUUUGUUAAUUUUUCUUUUCUGAAAGAAACAUGUAUCUAAAACAUCUGAGAGCUUUAUUCAUUUUAUGACAUUUUCUGGCAAAACAGUUUUUAGGAAAAAAAAAUCAAUGUCAAAAUCAACAUCAACAUUUACAAUUGCAGGACAUGAAGAAUCAGCAUCAAGAUUCUUACAGAAUGACACUGAAUGAAUGAGAAACAUAUAAUAAAAAUAGUAGCUGCUGAGCUGCAGUUCCAUCAGGGAAGCGUGAGAUAACAAACUAAAUGUGCAGCAAACAGUGUUUGUUCAGUAAAUGAAUCAAGAUUAUAGCUUUUAAAAAAAACCAAGAAAAUUAAUUUGCUUGAAGCUACAUUUUAUUAUUGUUAUGGUUGUAUCAAUGAAAACUGUUUGUACAGGAAGAGGCGGUAGCAUGAGAAAGAUAGAAAUCUGCCUUUUGUAGUGAGCAUUUACAUUCAUAAUGGUCCAAUGUAGGAAUAUAAAUAUAUAAUAUGUUCCAAAUCACUCAUGCAAUCCAGCAAUAUUAAUUCAGUUGUUCUUUUUUUUGGGUUUGUGUUUCAAUGUUGUCACAUGUAUUGCAUGCAAAUGAAAUAAAUGAUAUUUGUUCAA